CACGGCCAGUUAGCAAGUUAGUUUUACCGCAUACAACGCUUGCCUAUUGGGUUGUGACAUAGGCACUUUACAUAUAUCUGAAACGGAUGCAACUGCUCUGUAACUGUACCCAGACUGUUGUAUAAAAGGUAGAUGGUGACCAUUUUGUAUAUCCAGAUCUAGCAUUGCCACCAUGGUUCGUCAAUAUUGUGUGAUAUUCUUUCUCAUUGUGACCUUACUCCAACAACAACCUGUUGAAGGCCAGUUUGAUGGUAAACUCCGUUCAGAUUCAGUGGAUGAAAACAAGGUCGAUGAACCCUUGAGUGACAUGCACGGUCACAAAGAUGAAGUGAGUGAUUUGAGUCAGACACGGGGACAUGGUAACAAAAUGCCAAAUAUGGACAAAAUGUCUGGAAAACAGGACAUGAUGGACGUAGAACACGGUGGCGGGGUUCAUGAACCAACUAUGGGCAUGAUGCAAGAAAGUCACAAUAACAUGACAUUUUCACACGCGCAUGCUAGACAUGGAUUACGUGACAAAGAUAUGCAAAUGAUACAAGACGAUAGCAACAAACAUGGUACAGGUGAUACUGCCACGGUAAUGCCAGGACACCAAAUGCAGGCGCACGUAAGCCAGCAGCAUGUAGACAAUGAUAGCACUUAUUGUGUGUUGAUCGGCACCGUUAUAGCAACAUGUAUUCUCCUAGCAGUCAAUGUCACGUUGUUUUGUUUUAUUAAACGGAUAAAUGAAAAGACACAGAAAAAGGACAUCGAAGUACAAGUGCACGUUCUCCAGCAUUCUGCCGAACGCAGUGCUUUACUUAAUACAGCGCCAUCUGUGGUUAAUACGUUUACAGGCUCGCACCAACAACCCUUCACGCAAAUUCAUCAAGGUUGUCCUUGCCACUCACAGAAGCCAUGUGCACAAGACUGCAUCGUACACUGUGGCUGUAAUCCCGAUGUUUCCACGCCAACAACCUGGAAGAAUUAUUCCAAUAAGCGUAUAUUCACAAACACAGUUGAAAGAGAGACAAUUCUAUAA